GCUAGCCUCUACCUAGGUAUAUCGAAAUGGUCGAUCGUGUGCGCUGCUUUCGACUGAUGGCUCAGCAUUAGCAGAUCACGAAAUAGCCCUUACGUCUGUUUUUGAACCAAGACCAAUUCACGUGUCCCUGAAGUAAUUCCCUGAGGAUAUCCAGCUCACUGGUUUCGAGCGAACGCGCCCAAAUGACAGGCGAGAGGGUAACAGCAGCGCUCUCUUGCUGAGGCAUCGCACUCUCCAACGGACCCAAGUGUGAUCCCACAGUUGUAACCAAUUAUAAACACGCUUUUUGCAGUAACUGCUUUACCUACGAAAUCGUACGAAACAGAGGAGUCGCUCGACACUUUCAAUACAAAAAAUUUGAGCGUCGAUUUGGUGCGUGAAAACGCUCUCCUAUAAAGUUGUGAUAACAGAUGUUACAAUUUGCAUAAAUGUUGACGAACGUCAGUGAUAGUCUACAACGUUGCAAAAGACAUCACGUUCACCCAUUUUUAUACAACAUGUUGUACAGGUGUCCAGAAUGAGUACGUCGUCCGAAAAGUGCACGGCAAUCUUCUAUAAACGAGGCAGUUUGGGUAUACUAGACCAGCUAUUACUACCUGAAGAAAGUCGCGUUCUUCCCAUCGCCACGACCCAGGAUGCCUGGAAAGCUAUUCAGACUAUGCAGGUGCGCGGUGCCCCUGCGAUAGCUAUUGUGGGCAUUUUGAGUGUCGCGAUCGAACUGAACCGUUUUGCUAGUAUGGACAAAAAAGAGAUUCAUGAGAAUAUCUCCAAUUGGCUUGACUACUUGGUUACCAGUAGGCCUACGGCUGUCAACAUGCGAAACGCCGCCCAACAAUUUAAGGUGUUAAGCUCUCGUUUAUUGGAGGACCCAGCGGUGGAUGGCCAAGCUCACAAACUACGGAUUAUCGAAGCAGCUGAAAAAAUGUUCGAAAAGGAUGUACAAACCAAUAGGCACAUUGGAAAGCACGGUGCUGAAUUUAUCCUUCGCGGGCUCAAGCCAAGUGAUAAAGUGACUGUUCUGACAGUCUGCAAUACGGGUAGUUUAGCUACGGCAGGAUAUGGCACAGCGUUGGGAGUCAUUCGCAGCCUACACGAAGCCGGUCGACUGGAAGAGGUUAUCUGCACUGAAACGAGGCCCUACAACCAGGGAGAAAGGCUCACGGCGUACGAACUGAUGACAGAGAAGAUGCCAGCAACGAUGAUCUGUGAUAAUAUGGUGUCAUUUCUCAUGAAAAGGAAAAAUAUUAAUGCGGUGAUAGUGGGGGCAGACCGAGUUGCUGCCAAUGGGGAUACGGCCAAUAAGAUUGGUACCUAUCAGGCGGCGAUUGUGGCGAAGUACCAUGAAGUUCCUUUUUAUGUGGCCUGUCCAUCAACGACGGUUGAUCCUACCAUGAGGUCAGGAGAUGAAAUUCCAAUUGAGGAACGGCCAGGACGAGAAAUUACAACAAGAACUGAUAUUCCUUGUUGGAACCCUGCCUUCGACAUUACUUCUCACACGCUAAUCACAGGCGGAAUAAUAACCGAAUGUGGUGUUUUCGCUCCCGGCUCUUCUGAAUGGAAAAGAUUUAUUGACGGGUGUCGCUGUCAGAGGACCGAAAACGAAAAUGGCGAAUGCUAGCAAAUUUAGUAAAAGGAAAGCGAUCGAGUCAACGAGGAUCCAUUUUCUGUAUAGUUUAGCUGUCAUGAUUAAGUGAAUUCAACUUUAAAUUGUAUAAAUAAAAAUCCACUAUCCGGUUAA